UCUCCUUGUCACUCUGGCUAGGUGGCAGCGCCGGUGGCUUAGGGAGGCUGCUAUGGCGGCCCAGGCCCUGGCGGCCCAGGCCGUGGCCUCGCGCCUGCAGCGGCAAGAGGAGGACAUCCGCUGGCUGUGCGCGGAGGUGCAGCGCCUGAGGGACGAGCAGCUGCGCGGGCCCGAGCGGGGCCAUGCCGAGAGCCCCCGCCUGACGCGCGAGGUGGCACAGCUCCGGGCGGAGAACCGCGACCUGCACCAGCGCCUGUCUGACCUGCGGCUGCGCCUGGCCGAGCAGCGCGGUCCCGGGGCACGGCGAGCGGCGGCGCAGGAGGUAACCCAGCGGGCUUCGGGGCACCCGCCUCCUACUCAAAACCAGGAAAAGAACACCAAGAAGAAGAGAUUGAAGGAGAGUGAGCUUACUAGGGAGGUGAAGCAACCAAAUUUUAUAAAAGGAAGAUUGGAGCUUUAUGAAACACUGAAGACAAACCGUCAGCUCGGACCUGCCACUCAGGACAAAAAGAACCCGAGUGGCGUGAUUACAGUGAGGGUGGCUGGUGGGAAAACAGUGCAAGGAGAACGGUGGGGGACAACACCUUAUCAAGUGGCCGCUGAGAUUAGUCAAGAGUUGGCUGAAAAUACAGUAAUUGCCAAAGUGAAUGGUGUGCUAUGGGACUUGGACCGCCCGCUGGAGGAGGAUUCCACUGUGGAGCUCCUGACGUUUGACGAUGAGGAGGCUCAGGCUGUGUACUGGCACUCCAGUGCUCACAUCCUCGGGGAGGCCAUGGAACUUUACUACGGAGGCCACCUGUGCUACGGCCCACCCAUUGAAAAUGGGUUUUAUUAUGACAUGUUCAUUGAAGACAGAGUGGUGUCCAGCACUGAGUUGUCUGUCCUGGAGGACAUAUGCAAAAGUAUCAUCAAAGAAAAGCAACCAUUUGAAAGAUUGGAAGCCAGCAAGGACACCCUCCUGGAAAUGUUUAAGUACAAUAAAUUUAAGUGCCGGAUUCUGAAGGAGAAAGUCGACACUCCAACGACCACUGUCUACAGGUGUGGUCCAUUAAUUGACCUUUGUAAAGGCCCUCAUGUAAGACACACUGGAAAAAUUAAAGCCAUAAAACUUUUCAAGAAUUCCUCAACGUAUUGGGAAGGCAAUCCUGAGAUGGAAACACUGCAGAGGAUCUAUGGGAUAGCCUUUCCUGAUGGCAAGAUGAUGAAAGGCUGGGAAAAGUUCCAAGAGGAAGCCAAGAGCCGGGACCACAGAAAAAUCGGGAAGGAACAAGAACUUUUCUUCUUCCAUGAUCUGAGCCCUGGAAGCUGUUUUUUCCUCCCAAGAGGAGCCUUCAUUUACAACACACUUAUGGAUUUCAUACGAGAGGAAUACCACAAGCGGAACUUCACAGAAGUGCUGUCUCCUAACAUGUACAACAGCAAACUCUGGGAGACGUCGGGCCAUUGGCAGCAUUACAGCGGCAACAUGUUCACCUUUGAGGUUGAAAAGGACACCUUUGCCCUCAAACCCAUGAACUGCCCAGGGCACUGUUUAAUGUUUGCACAUCGCCCUCGAUCCUGGAGGGAAAUGCCUGUUAGAUUUGCUGAUUUUGGAGUUCUUCACAGAAACGAACUGUCGGGAACUUUAAGCGGCUUAACCCGAGUCAGGCGCUUCCAGCAGGAUGAUGCUCACAUCUUCUGCAUGGUGGAACAGAUUGAAGAAGAAAUAAAAGGAUGCUUGCACUUUUUACAGUCUGUUUACUCAACAUUUGGCUUCUCUUUUCAAUUAAACCUGUCAACAAGGCCUGAGCACUUCCUAGGAGAGACUGAGGUGUGGGAUGAAGCUGAAAGGCAACUGCAGAAUAGCUUGAUGGAAUUUGGAAAGCCAUGGAAAAUAAACGCAGGAGAUGGAGCAUUCUAUGGCCCUAAAAUUGAUAUACAAAUUAAAGACGCCAUUGGCAGAUACCAUCAGUGUGCUACAAUCCAGCUGGACUUCCAACUGCCUAUUAGGUUUAAUCUCACAUAUGUUAGGAAGGAUGGGGAUGGUAAGACUAGGCCUGUGAUCAUUCACCGCGCCAUCCUGGGGUCUGUGGAAAGGAUGAUAGCCAUCCUCUCAGAGAACUACGGGGGCAAAUGGCCUCUCUGGCUGUCUCCUCGCCAGGUAAUGGUCAUCCCUGUAGGUCCAACUUGUGAAAAUUAUGCACUACAGGUGUCCAAGGAAUGCUUUGAAGAAGGCUUUAUGGCCGAUGUGGACUUAGACGACAGUUGUACACUAAAUAAGAAAAUACGGAAUGCACAGCUGGCUCAAUAUAAUUUUAUUUUGGUGGUUGGUGAAAAGGAAAAGAUAAAUAAUGCGGUAAAUGUUCGAACAAGAGACAACAAAAUUCAUGGAGAAAGAUCGGUGGCUUCUGUCAUUGAAAAAUUGAAGAACCUCAAACAAUCCCGCACCCUGAAUGCCGAGGAAGACUUCUGAAGUCUUCUCCUUGGCUUCAUCUCUGAAGAUGUAUUUUUCCAGCCACUUAAGAUACUAGUACUUCCAAGAACCCUAGGGCCAGAGGUAGGCCACAGAUUCAGUCACCUAAGAAGGAAAAAUUAUUAUUUGAUAUAUACAAAUUUUUCAUUCAUUGUAUUCUGAGACCAAAUAGGAGAAGCUGGG